AUGGAAGCAAACAACAGAACAGGAAAACAAAAAAAAAGGAAAUAUUUACAAUUACGAUGUGACAUUAAAUUACGGUACUUAAAUUUCGAUACACAUGCUCCGUUUUCUAAGGUGCUUCAUUUUCAUGGUUUCUCUCUUCAGUUGGAGAAAGAACGCCUUUCAAAAAUAGGAACAGGAGUGAAGCCUUGCAAAAUAAUAUUGAAAGCUCAAGUGGAUCUCUCAAGAUUUUUGCUGACAGCGGAAAUUGAAAGGAAUUCUUGCAGGCUUUGGGGUUGUCAGAAAAGUUAG